AUGUCCGGGUCCGUUCCCGAGGUGCAGCCUUGCCAGACUUGCGGCGUCACGGACGAGAGGCGAUUCACAUGCAUCCAGUGCAAUAAUCUCGCUUUCUGCCAGAAAUGUUGGUCGGAGUGGGUUCUUCAUGCCCCUGGAGCUGUUGGAUGGAAUGGGAAACCUCAUGAGAAGGCAGACCCAGCUGUGGUCCACACUCUCCGUCAGAUCCUCGAGCCCACGCGGACAGAGGCCGAGCAUGCAUUUGAGCUGCUGGAGGAUGAAGAUACCACUUGGUUCGGCUUCGGUCGGGACUCGUCAGGGCAGUCCAUGUUCUACGACUACGGCCGUUUUGCUGCCAUCAUGAGCGAACUCGUUGCCAAUGGUUCGUCAGACAUUUAUCCGCAACUUGUAUCCGUGAUCGGUGAGACAGGUGCGGGCAAGAGCACAUUGAUCAAAAUGCUUAUAGACCGUCAAGCAUCAGGCUCCGCAGAUGGGUCUAGGUACUAUUCGCCAGUGACGUCGUCCAACUACGACCGUACCGCGACCACUGGCGAUGUGCACAUCUACGCGGACCCAUCCAGCGCAUUCAGCACAAACCCACUCCUCUUCGUCGACUGCGAGGGUCUGAACGGCGGGGAGGCCAUGCCGAAACAGUUGAGGCACCAUCAGUCCCAGGAUCCAAGGCCAGCCGCCCGCCAGCAAACCUCGGCAGCUCCGCCGCCCUAUGAUCGAGCAGCCAGGGCCGAGGACGAUUACAGCAGAUAUGUCCGGUCCCGGCACAGCUCAAAGCGGACUAUCGCGUGGGCCAGGACGCCCCAGACACGUAAGCGCGAGUUCGCAGUCUCGCAGCUGUACCCGCGUAUUCUCUACACAUUCUCCGACGUGGUCGUCUUCGUGCUGCGAAACCCGCGCGCCUUCGAGUCGACGGUUCUGGACAAGCUGAUUCGGUGGGGACAACGCAGCAUCGAUGCGUCGCUGAACCAGCCGGCGCUUCCGCAUGCUGUCAUAGUGCUCAAUGCAACCGAGGACGUGGAUGCCCGCGAGUGGGACGUCACCAGUGCUACCGAGAUGCUCCUCUCCGACAUUCAUGACGCGGUCCAUCGCGAGCCGGCGCUGCAAGAGCAUGUGCGGGCGUGGGCGCGGCGUGGGAGGAAGAUCACAAAUACGUCUGAGCUGCUGGCUUGCUACUAUGCUUCUGUUAGCGUCGUACGUGUGCCACAUAAGGGCGGCUCGUACAUGCUUAUGGACGAGCAGGCCGGCAAGCUUAUGGAGCUUGUCCGUGGCCGGUGCGCUGCCUCCCAUGCGACGAAGAGGCAGCUGCGCAUGCUUGCGACCGCGGAGAAGCUGCAGGGCUACCUGCAGGCGGCGUAUGACCACUUCACCAAGACCCUAGACGCUCCAUUCGACUUUGUGCGGGAGGCACUGAGGAAGUUUCCCAUCCCUCGGAACUUUCAGGGCAAUGUGCUGAGUCUGGCGCUCUCCAUAAGGGACAACUCCACCAAGACAGUGCUCAAGGAAGACGCGAGGCAAAUCUUCCUCGCUAUGGGGCCUAUGAUAGCUUCGUGUAUCAUGCUAGACGCCGUACGACAAAACCUUCUGGGAACGGCGACGAGGCUGCUGGACGACAAGUAUGCCAAGCCUUGCACUGCGGCCCUGCAGACGUUCUCAGACAUGUAUUGGCCAUGCAGCUUUUCAAAUCCAAGCUUUGGCGACGCUGGCCGAUGCUGCAACGUGAGAUCAGGCCACAACCCCAAAGGCCACCAAAAUGUACAAGGCAAAAUCAUAGCAAAUGGAAGCUACCAAUCAACUCUCAACCUGGAGACCUUCCAGCCUGAAUGGACGGCUCUGAUCCGGCGCAGCCUCGAGGCUAUCGAGGGCGCCAUGUCGAAGCUGAGCCAGGCCUUCCCGGCCAAGACGGAGCUCACCACAGCCGCGCUGCUGCACCGUGAGCGCCUCAAUGACUUCUACCGUGUCCUAGAUGCCGACGGCGCCACCGCCUUCGUCAGCCACUCGGCCUGCCUGUCUUGCCUGCGUGAGUUGCCUGAGUGCGCCCUCCCCUGCGGCCAUGUCUUGUGUCUGCCAUGUAUGGAGCUGUACGGCACGCGCGCGUCGCGAACGUGUAUUGAGAUUAGCCGCUGCCCGCUGCAUGUAGGCGACAUCAUUGCUGAGCCGCCGUGGACGGUGGCUGUCAAGCCGGCGCGGGCGGGCGUAAGGGUGCUGUCUCUUGAUGGUGGGGGCAUCAGAGGAAUUGUGCAGUUGCAUGUGCUGAGGGAGAUUGAGAGGCUACUUGGGCCGGGGCUGCCGAUUCAGUUGUUUUUUGACCUGAUGGUUGGGACAAACACCGGCGGAAUUAUCGCGAUCGCGCUGGGGGUGAAAAGAUGGACCGUCGAAGCAACUAUGGAGAAGUUCAAGGAUAUCUGCAGAGAGGCCUUCACGCCGCGCGAGUUGCAGAGUGUGCCGUUGAUCGGAACGCUAUCUAAGAUGUAUCACGGCAGUGUGUUCAAAACCCAACCGCUGGAGAGGGUGCUCAAGAGAUACUUCUCUGAGACACCCUUCUUUGGCGGCUCACGGUCUCGCCACAACCUGAACACAUCAGUAAAGGUGGCCGUGACGGCAAUGAGUGCGUUGAAUCAUCAGUCCGUUGUGUUUGCCAACUACAACCGGCCAGACUCCACAGGGAAGGCCGCACCAUAUCAGUUCAUCCGGUCAGAUGUGCCGUCGAAGAAAUUGAAAGUCUGGGAAGUAACUCGCGCAACAUCAGCGGCGUCCCCAUUUUUCAAACCAUUUGUCGCCCCAGACACAAACACCGAGUACAUCGAUGGGUCCAAGUCUCACAGCUGCCCAGCCCGGGUAGCCCACAGCGAGAUGCGGUCCAUCUGGUCAGACGUGGCAGACCUGCCGCCGGACAUCAUGCUCUCGAUCGGUACGGGCAGAGUUGAGGGGGAGAAGACAGCUUCCGACCUCCUGUCAAGGCCCGUGUCACGCUCUUCCCGCUCCAUCGCGGGCACUGACGUCUCCUCAACCACGGGGUCCCGCAGGCCACAUGUGAACAAGAGCGCUUCGAUGCCGAUCGUGAGUGGGCAGAUCGUCCGCUCAGGUCGCGGCGGCGUUGGCAACUACAAGCGUGUCGACAGCGCGUCGGCUAGUUUAUCUGACCAGGCCAGUCAAGUGCAGACGGGUAUUUUUGUGCGCGACCCUAAGACGCCGCUCCUUCUCUCAUUUGCGCCUAGAGAGACAACAAAGGGUAAGGCGCACGAGCAAGUGCAGGAUCAGGCGCCGAGUAAAAGCGACGGGAUGUACAACCACAGGAAGAGUGAGCAGGCGUGGGAGGAGUUCGUUGCUGGGAGAAAAGAGAGUCAUACUGGCCGGUACAGCCGUAUAUGUCCUGAGGUGCUGGCCUCGCAAAUACCCAGGUUCGAGGACGCCCAGAAGAUUGAAGAGCUCGAGCGGGAUGUUGAGAGGGCGCUUCAGCAGGAGGGUAUGGCGGAUAUCGUCACAUUGGCUGCGCACCGGUUGGUGGCGAGCUCGCUAUUCUGCCGUUUCCGCCAGUCUUCACCAGAACUCAUGGCACUCGGCUCAUUCCUGAGAUCACGCUGUAUAGGCGACUUCCGACCAUACUUCCUGGUCGAAGAUGAUAUCGAUGGUGAUACGAGGCAAAAAAGGCAAAUCGUUCUAUCGGGCGCCUUCAUCAUGGAUAUGGAGCAGGCGGGAUACUUCGAAAUCGAACCGCUGACCAUCACCACAGCUGUCGACAAAAAGCACUCAGCGACAAGGAUCUCGCUAUCGCUGCAAAUGGCCUCAUACUCGUCCGGAGCAACGACGUCAACAGCUCUGCCCAUCUCCGGCUUUCCAAGGAGGCUGAUCAACGAGGAAAAUGUGGGUACAGCGGUCAAAGAAGUGACAACAGUGCCCGGUGAAAGUAUAGGACAGUCAUCUGUCUUGGUGGGUGAGCAACGGGGCGCAGGAGGGAAUGCGUCGACCGACAGGGUCUCAACAAUGUCAACAUCUCCUAGUCCACUGUCUGCGGACAGUGUCAGCCCGAUGACAACGUACACUCUAGCCUCGCGAAGCUCAACUGGCAGCACAUCUUUCAGUGGUGUUGGUGGUCUUGACAAACAACCCAGGCGAUUUGGGGAGGACUUAAUAGCCGAGCUGCCCGACCAUGGGAGACAGGCGGCUGAGCUGCCCUCUGAGUGA